GUCUGUCAGCCAGGCGCACCUUUCCUCUCUGGUCCUCCAGCGUUUCUUACCUUCUUGUCGCGUCUCUCAGCCUCGUUGUCUGGCGGUGAACUCUCACCCCAGCUGCUUGGGAAAUGUCAUACAGCAGGCAGAGGCCCGUGCUGCAGUAGGGGGGCGUAAUAGGAGGAAAAAAUAACAACAUUUUUUUUUUUUUUUUUACUGCUCUCACUGCAUCUUUUAUCCGCGUCUCUGCCGUGCAAGUGCCACAUCCCGCUACCAACAGCAGCCGCCGCCGCCGAUAACCCAUCGCAGUCUCAAUGCUUAUUUCGCAUUAGGGCUAAUAUAAAAAAAUCCGUGCCAGACAUGGGGGAGAACAUGAUGCUUCUCUUCAAGAUGUCGGCCCAACAGACUAACUGGCUUGUGACGACGAUGCCCAGUCGAAGAUCCUGGGAUUGAGACGUGAAUCCCUUUACACUGAUGGCCUGGACUGAGUUUCAGCUGGCCUGCUGAAGCUAUGGGGAGCUGUUGGAGCUGUCUGUACAGAGACCCCAUCCGAGACAACCAUCUCACCAAAUUUAAGGUCACCAAUGUGGAUGAUGAGGGCAACGAGCUGGGCUCUGGGAUCAUGGAGCUCACCCAGACCGAGCUCAUUCUUCACACACGUAAGAGAGAUGCCAUCCGGUGGCCGUAUCUCUGCCUGCGCCGCUACGGCUACGACUCCAACCUGUUUUCUUUUGAAAGCGGUCGCCGCUGUCAGACUGGGCAGGGAAUCUUUGCAUUCAAGUGCUCCCGUGCAGAAGAGAUCUUCAAUCUGCUUCAGGAGCUGAUGCAAUGUAACAGCAUCAACGUGGUGGAAGAGUCGAUGAUGAUGAGUCGCAGUGGUCACACACCAGAGAUGGAAAUGUCUCGCACACCACAGACUCCCAACACUCCAGCGUUCCCUGUCCAGGCUUUUCCCAACGGCUACCCUGGUUAUCCAAUCAGAGGUGAUUCCUCCCAGCCCUCUCUUGCUGAUGAUCAUGGUCAUAGCCUCAUGGGUUUGGAAGACCAGACCCACACCUAUGUAAAUACUGUUAGUAUGGAGGGGGAUCUCUCUAUGCGUCACUGUGUGCACUCCCUGCCUGAGGUGCGGCCCAGCUCUUUCCCUGAAACAACACGGGGAGCCAUGCCUGUCGGGGGCCAAGGAAAUCCGCAGUCCAACAUGCGGUGCUGUCCCCUGGAGGAGCAUAACGAUCCUCAGGUGUUCUUACAGCCGUCCUCGCAGGAGGUCAAAUUCAUGCUGGGCCCCACUCCGGCACAACGCCAUCUGCUGGAGAGAGAGCGGGAGAGAGAGAGGGAGAGGCAUGGGCACAAUCCUCACAACCUUCAGCCAGUAGAGGGUGCAACAGGCUCAGAGACGGAGGGAGAUGAGCCCUCUAUGCACCUGUGCAACUCUCACUCCUAUCAUCAUUUCCAUCAUCACGCGCACCGGCACCCGGGCCUCGAGCACCCAGACAGCUGCCAGAGCGGGGAACUCACCUACGAGAACAUCAACGGGCUGAGGAGCGGCCGGAAGCAGCGGCUGAGUCCCAGCAGCGUGUCUCAGUCUGUGGGUUCAAGCAGCAGCAGCAGCACUGGGGACAGUCACACCCACUCCCUCCUGCACCCACACUCCCUCGGCCCAUCGUCUCUACCCCAGCAGGGUUACCCCUGCGAGAGGGGCAUGGGUGGAGGUCAUCGUCGGACAGCUCUGCUUAACUACGAGAACCUGCCAUCUCUGCCACCGGUGUGGGAAUACAGCGCUCUGCAGCGGGACGACGAGCAGGAGGAGGAAGAUGAUGAGCAGGAUGAGGAGGAAUAUGAGGAAGAGGAGGAAGACUUUGAUGAGUAUGAGUUCUCAGAAGGCCCUGGGACACCCAACGGGUACCACCAGGAUGCUCGGGGCAUCCACAGAGAUGCCCUGCAGAACUAUGUCAACACAGAGCAGGUCCAGCCGCCCCGGCUCCGACACGCCUGCCCCCCGCAUCCACGGCCGUGUCAGCCAGACAGAGGGGGGCGAAUAUUUAGCUUUGAUUUCCGCAGACGAUCGAGGUCAGGGGUUGGAGGCUGUGAGCACGGCCACAUGCCUCCAUCUCGGCAGCUGAAUUACAUCCAGGUGGACCUAGAGGGAGAACCUCCCUGCCAAGCCCUCAGCGGCGGGGGUGCCCAGACCCAGCCACAGCACCAGCGCCUACCACCCAAAAAAUGUGGCCCGCAGGCACCCCGGCGCAGUGAAUGCUACGCAGUCAUUGACCUAAAGAAGACCGCUGCCAUGUCCAACCUGCAGAAAGCUCUGCCCAGGGAUGAUGGGACUUCCAGAAAGACUCGCCACAACAGCACAGACCUGCCUCUGUAAACGGUGUUCAGACUGAAGAGGAACGAUGAAGACAGAUGAAGGCUUAUCCUCAUCUUAGCACACUGGACCCUUCACUGUCAUCCAUCCAUUCAACUGUCGGGCUGACUAAUACAGUACAGGUACCUAAUUAGAAACUUACUGAAACCUAUCUGUGCAUAUAACAGGAAAUGAGGAAUCUUUGAGGAGAAUUUGCCAUUUUAUUCUGUGUUAUUUAUUAGAUAUGUGGUGUGAAGCUCUCUCGAGAAAUUGGCAGUUUGCUGGAUAUAUGGAUAUUUAAAUAUAGGCAUAAAAUCAUAUAAACUUAUAUAUGAUUUCAUGCUUAGCUAUGACUUAGAGCAGAGACCUCUGUUUUCAGUGGAAGCAGUCAUUGCCAUACUGUAUUAGCAAACUUUAAUUCAUGAACCCAUCUCCACUCACACAUUAUUGUUCCUAUCAUUUAGUUAUUUUACAUCCAUGUGGUUUUUUACUUAAAUACUAUGAGAGGCAAAAAUGUGACCUCGUUGCAGGAGAAGUUGGCGUGAAGGAAGGUUAAUGGUUCCUCCAAGAUACUGGCCAAUAUUCAUACCUCAUCACAAGCAUCUAAGUCUAAACGUGUGGCUAGUAGAAGAGACCAUUAUUUGUUCAUAUAUGCCUAUAGAGCAUUUUGCACACAAUCCUAUGGAAUUGUAUUUUAUCAUAUUUAAGGGAAUGGUGUCGUCCAGUCCAAAAAAAAAAAUAAUGGAGUUAAGUGAACAGAAGAGAUGGUGAUAUUUGCAGAGUUAUACUAAACUGAAUGAUGGUAAAAGUAGCACACAUGGAUGAAACGAGCUCCGGCUCCCUCCUAUCCACAUGCAGCAAAUGAAAAAGUAGCAUAUCAUCUUUGAUCACAUCCUUCUGCACCUCAUCCCAGACCUGCAGGAGGUCCGCGCGGUUUACGCUUGUCACGUUGCACUUUUGACCCUGGGCCACUGAAACGCUCUUUGUCUCUACUCCCACGCCGCUGGAGCCACAGCUUUGACCAUGUCCUUUUUACCAAAAGCAGGGGGCCUAAUAUUUCACGCACAUUCUUAGUCAGCAUCGUAGGUAGGAUUUAUUUACAUGCUUUGAUGGCGACAUCAACAACCUCAAAUAGUGGCAUUAAGCUAUAACCUCACAUAAAAAGUGCUGAAUAUGUAAUUUGUCAGUUAUCAGGUGUGAAUGCUGUUAAAGGGUAAUCAAGUAUGUCGCAGAGUCAUGACGUGGAGAUUUUUGUGAGGCUAUUUAUCAACCUUGGUCAGAUAUUUAUUUAUUUAUUUAUUCAUUCUUUUGUUUCUGAUUGUAAUAAUUUUGUUUUCCAUGUGACGACCAGCGUUUUGUAAUCCAGUUGGUAAUGCGGAGACCAAAGUUUCACCUCAAAUUAUCACUGGACUCUGGUGUAUUACUGUUAUAACUGUGCUUAGUUAUAUUUAAAAAGAAAAAAAAGAGACUGUAUUUAUAUUUUAAGUGCCAAAACUUAUUUGCAAACUGUAUGAUGAAUAGAAAUCAAACGUGUCAUAAGGAUUUGUAGGAAACAAUAGGACAGAGAGUUAUGAGGUGAAUACAGUCCGGAGAUAAAAACAGAAAAAUCCAACUUUUCAAGGAUUAUAAUUAAAAACGAUAAAAACUGCACAUUCCACCUCAUCCACAUCGACAGCCAUCUGGGAGCGAGAUCUAAGAAUGGUGAUGUUGUAGUCUGAUAAUCACAGCCAGGGUGGUUUUAUGCUGCUACAUGUACAUACUAACAGUAGCCCCUGUAGGCUACAGGUACCUGUCAAAAUGAAAACGUUACGUGUUUGAACCUAUGCGAUGUCAGAUCUUUUACCAUAUUGUUAAUUGCUAAUAGAAGUAGCAUUGUUGUGUUCUUCUGGGAUCAUUUAUGAGCAGUAGAAAUAUAUAAUGUACCAUUUCAGAGAACGUUUCAUUUGGCAAGUAUUUCAUUUCACUGAUUGUUUUUCUGGACAAACUGGCUGUCUGAGAGCUGACGGAGGUACAAGCCCACUGACGCUGUCAUGUUUUUGUUGAGCGCUCACAUCAAGGUGAUAUUUUUCAGCUGACGGAGGAGGUUUUACACAUGUUUAGGCCUUCAGAUGUUAGUUCCUUCAACAGAGUGUUCAAAAGAUCAGUAUGGGACACAAAUACAAACUCUCAACUUCUGAUGAGGAGGGUUUUUUGGCUUCUGUGUGACAUCAUGUGCAAAUCAAAGAUGAUUUAUUCAAAAAUAUUUAUGCAUGAUUAUUGCUUCUGAUUGCUGCUGUAUAGAUAUUUAUUUUACAUUAAAUAUAUUUAUUUAGAUAUUUAAUUUAGAAUGAUAUAAAACUGAAAAUCAGUCAGAGGAAAACCAGUUCCUAGACUCACAUAAUCUAUUACUAUUACUGCUAUUUAUUUAUUUUCAAAUUAUUAUUUGCUAUUUAUUUUUAGACAUGAUACAUUUUCAUUUUAUGACUUUAAUGUUUUUUUAAUAACCAGAAUUGUUCAGUCAAUACAAUGCCAGAAAAUGUGGAAAAAUGCACACCAGUCUCUAAAUUACAAUACCAGUAUCCUUUAAGUGAUACUGAGACCAACAGAGUACUUUACUUGAUACCUUUUUUAAAAAACUUUAUUUAAAACCCAUCAUGUGGAAGGAGUGGCGUAUAAUAUAGCCAUUUUUUUCAAGGGUUUUGGUCCAUCUCGACACAGUGAACUGCAAACUCUGUCUAAUACACUGCGCUCAACCUCACCACACCACAGACUGUAUGGGUUGUAGUUGCUGAGUUAGUGGGUCAGUCACAUCUCACAUUGGAUGGAGGAAUGCUUUAAGUGACAGGCUGCGAGCAAAACCUUGGAGUUUUUCCCCCCCCUGGGUUUUGGUACAAAAAACAUUGAAUCCAGGUUUCAGUGGAGAGGUUUUAAUACUACUUGUUACUAGUUUAUUUUGGUCAGUAUUGUAGACGUAUUAAGUACCGAUUCAAAGUCCUACUAGUUUCCAACAAUCUGUGGGGUCAUCUUAUUUUGUUCAACCAACAGUCCAAAAUUUAAAGAUAUUAAAGGUGCUGUAUGUACCUCUGGAGAAAGACCACCAACCUAAAGCCUCAGUAUUUGUAGACCUGGGAAUCAACAAUCAACUAUCUGUCUCCAGAGUUACAUACAGCACUUUUAAAUUGUCAAUAAUCUGAAACUGGAAAAGUCCUCAUAGAGAUAAAUAAUUUGUCAAAAUUAUAGACAAAUGAAUUAAUCUAUAGUUCCAAAACUCACAUAAUCUAUUACUAAAUUGUCGUUUUUAAAAGUCACUUUUAUUCACAGGUGUUAAGGACAGCAACAUGCUAUUAUUUUCAUUAUUAAUUAACCUGUUUCUUUUUUUUUUUCUGGAUUAAAGCUGGGUUAGGCAGAAGUCUGGAAGGGGCAAAAAAAGAUCAGAAUUUCCUCCCCCUGCAGAUUGGCCUUUCUGUGCUAAGCCCCUCCCACCAAAUGAUCAUGGUAUAUGUUAAAGUUACCUUCACAAAGGUGAACUUAAAGCCGCUGCCAUGACUGUUUAGCUCUGAUUAGCAGAGGGCGAAACUAUUAGCAGCAUUCUCUCUUCAUCUCUGAAAUGCCUUGCCAAUACUGACACGUGUUAUAUUGUGUUUAUCUUCACUCUCCUUUAGACUCUUUUUGAUAAGUCCGUCUCCCGUUUUGGGUUGCUUUGCAGUGUCGGCAGUUGUUGCCAAUGCUGGAAUAGCAACUUUCUUUGCAGGAUUCUCCGCUACUGAAUCAGACUGUCAUCGAACAGACGUGCACACACAUCUGCAUUUGUAGAAUAGCCAGUAGGAGCGCCCCCUUGCUAAAGUGAUCUGUGAUUGGCCAAAGUCUCGCGUCACAGGCUAGAUUUUCCAAAGAUUGAAAACAGAGCCAAGAGGAGGUGCUGAAAUCAAUGUUUUACUCUCAGUCCACUUGCAUUACAGUAUGCUCAAAGUUUAUUGUGGGAUUUUUGCCCAUUGAAGCCAAAAUUAAACUCCCUACCCCAGCUUUAAUCUGUAAAUUGUUUGGUACACAAAAAGCCCAUCACAAUUUUCCUGAACCCCAAGGUGAUGUCGUCAAACGGCUUGUUUUGUCUGACCAACAAUCCAAAGCCCAAAUGUUUUCCAUUUACAGAUAUAAAACAGACAAAAACAAAAAAUAAAAUGAAAUAAAAAAUAAAACAACUACUGCUACUGGUUUGAUGGUAACAAUAAUGAUAGAGUUUUAGUGUCUGAUAAAUAUUCCCAACACAGAAGCUUUAAAUACCCCCAAAUGAAAAGUUGAUGCUUUGUAUUUUUGUUCCACCAUCAUAUUUCAAUAUGACAUUUUUAAAAAAGUAUCUUCUAUCACAAAAAGGCCAACUGUUAGGGGACAUUUUUGAGUGUGUUUGCGAAGAUAUUGUCAUGAUACAUUGGAAGGAUGUUUACAUUUUUGCAAUAAUGGAUGAAUUCUUGUUUUGUCGAUCUAAAUCAGACCAAUGUGUGAAGUGUGACUUUUAAAUAGUAGUCUACGUAUAGAGCUGUGGGCUUAAUGUAUUUAAUCGCCUGUUCUUCUGUGAAUCAGCAGUCUUAUUUUGAUUUCAGGUACAAUGUUUACCUUUCAAUCUUCAUAGUGUGAUCUCAGCUAUGAAAGUUAAAAAAAAAAAAAAAAAGAGAUGCCUGUUUUCUUGAUUGUCAGACACUGUGUUUGCUUAAACUCACAUUAACAGUGCCAUACAGUAGGUGACCAUUGCCAGUACUUAAAUUCAAUUUUAUUGUAUUGAACUUUUCAAACCAGUGGCUAUGUUUCAUCCAGGAAACAGAAAGUGUUUCACCUAAUUUCUCAGAAUAUUGUUACAUGUGGUUUUAUGGUCAUUUUAAAAAAAAAUAUCCAUGUUUAAAUGUGUUAGCUAUCUUUGUUAUAACGCAGUAACCUCACCAACACCCAAACCAGUGAUUACAGCAUCAUUACCACAGACUCCUUUGUUUACUGAUUAAUAAUCAAAGUAAAUAGAUGUGCUAAAUCAUUUUUCAAAAAAACGCUUUUGUGAUCUAAUUGCACUUGAGUUCAAACAAAGUGCAGCUCCCAUCCCAUUACUCAUUGUGACUGACUAGGGGGUUGAUGCUAUCUGAAAUGUGUAAUUCUCAGUCACCUUCAGUGUUUAUGCUCUAGGCGUAAAUUCACACAGGUGUCAGUGAAAUUUAUCAGGUGUCGCCCAGGGGUGUGAUUGGUUUUUCAGGGCGGGAUGACACAAAGUUUAUUAAGUUCCUCAAACUGAAUUUAUUGGAUGGGAUGUUAAACAAUAAAAGGACUUGCUCUGUGUUUACUGUACAAACAUGAAUGCCAUGAAGUCCAUUGUAAUAAAUUUCUCACUGUGCCUUUCAUAUUCAAACUGGAGAAACAUUUUCGUCACUGUUUAUGAGAGCAGCCUGCUGUUAAAAAAAACGAAGCCACAUGUUGAAAGUUUAGAAACAAAGUUGAAAGGGGCCUGUGGUUUCAUACUUCAAGCUGUACUUGAAGUUGUGUUUGAAAAAAGUGCCAACUCCUGAUUGUUUUACACCAUACUGUAUUUUACAAAUGUCUGUUUAAAGGAAUGUUUGGAAAUUCUGGGGAAAAUGUAUAUGUGCUUUCUUGCCAAGUUUGAUUGGAAGAUUGAUCCCACUAUUGUGUCUGUGCACUAAAUGUAACACCGAAAACACUCCAAGCAGUGGCAAAGUGCGGCCUGCGGCAAGCUGCCAUGUAAUAUCUAUGGAAUGCUGCGGCGGCCUGUGGCCAUUUGAUUCUGUGGCAAACUGCGGCCGAACUAAAAGUUGAGUGUGUUUUAACUUUUAGUGGUAAAUUGUGGUCAGAGAAUUCCAGUAGCCAGUAUGUAAACAGAGACCUGUGACUCCUGUGACAUGUUGACUGGUGUUACAAAGAAUUUCCUCCUACCUGAAACACAUGAACACGCCCUCCGGCAGCAGAAAAAUAUAAUUAUAGUGGCAAACCACACUUCAAGGCUGCUUGACGUGUUUUUGACGUAAGGCUACAGCUCAUAGAUGGUUAUGUUAGCUUAGCAUAUAAGCAGUUGCUAGGAAACCAGCAGUAACUCCAGGAAGUCACUGCCCCCAGCCAUGAAGUAAUUCAGCACACAGUCUCGCAACCCAUUGGCGGUCAGUCCGCAGCGAUAAACCUCUUGAGGCAAGGGCCAAUAUUUGGAGAGCUCCAGUGUAGCCAGCGGAUAUCCGGGUCGAGACUUCCCCUUCUGGGCAGAGGCCAUUUUGGCUAAUCUCUAUAAACAAAUAUCUACACAUAUGAACUAGAGCACUCAGAGAGCGCAGACCUCCGCCAAGCAGCUCGGAUUUCCCGCCAUUUUAUUAUUUUAUCCACGUCGCUUCAACCGAUCACCACCAAAAUUUUAUCAUCUGUUCCUUGUCCCAUUAUCAACCUUUCCUGAAAAUUUCAUCAAAAUCCGUUCAGAACUUUUCGAGUUAUUUUGCAGAUAAACAGACCAAUGCCAGCGAAAACAUUACCUUCUUGGCGGAGGUAAUUAGGGGUUGGAAUCACCAGAGGCCCCAUGAUACGAUAUUAUCACGAUACUUAAGUCAAGAUACACUAUUAUUGUGAUAUUAAAAGUAUUGUGAUAAAAUAUAUUGCUUUUUAUUAACUUUGUCCAACUGUAAAUUGUGUCCCAAAAGGAAAACUCUAUCAACAUCUGUUUAUCUGAUAAGAUAGUUUUCAGUCUGUCAUCUCGCUUUUUUUAAAUUGCAUCAAAAAUGUAUCUAGUGAGCUGAAAAAGUAUUAAUUUUAUAUUCUAGUAGGCCACCAAAAGCUUAAUUUCCACUUGUCAUAUUAGUAAUUUAUAUGAUAAACAAGUCGUUACUUGGCGUCCAUGUAUCGAUACGAUGUUGCCACACAAAAAUAUCGCGAUACUAUGCUGUAUCGAUUUUUGCCCCCACCCCUAAUAUAAAUGACGAUAGCUGAUGGGUUCCCAGAUUGCAUUCUGAACUCUCCACACAGACUGUUUACUUGCCCCUCAAACAUGAUUGGUCAAAACUACUCAGACUACAAACGGAAACCAACAUCUCGUGCCAUUGCUACAGAUUCUGCAAACAUAUGCAGAUAUCUGCUCAUAGAGGUUAUUCGGCACAAAAUCAUUGCUCAUCAGACUGAUUCAGAAUGAGAGCGAUGCCAGUCUUCUCAUCUAACUCUUGGCAGGAAAGCAAAUAUCUUAAGCAUAUCUCCAAAACUGUUGAACUACUCCCUUUGGGUUUUUGACAUUAAAUUUGAAUGAGUCAUCAUUUGUUGAGAUUACACGAGUCAUGAUCUUAAUAAUCUGUUCAGUGGUUUAGGAGUGAAAAUAUAGCCAAACUCUGUGUGACUGAGAAGGUGUUGAAUCAUGACUAGUAUGUUCUGUAGCAUAUAAUGUUAAUUAUGAGUAAAGACUACCGUGUGUUUGUCAUUAUGAUGUCAUGUGCACUCCAUGAUUCCUCAUCAGCUGCCAUUUCUUCUCAUAGUGCUGAAGAAUGUGAAAAUAAAACUCCUUUCAGAGAUGUUUUUUUGUAUACUUUUAUAAUUUGUAACCACUGAAAAUGUGUAACGUAAGCUGGGUUACGAGAGUAUAGGAGGAACAGAGAGAAAGGCCGCAACACGGUUUGCACCACAGUGCUACAUGCCAUCUUCAUCAGUGGUUUUUCAUCAUCAUCAUCAUCAUCAUCUUAAGUGAUUCUGUAUCAUCAUCAGAAAUGACAUAUUGUAAAACCUCAACUUCCUGUCCAUGCUAUGAGAUAGAUCUCUGUCAAAAUACUGAAAGUAUCAGAAAACUGUAAUAUCUCUUUAUUAUUAUUAUUAUUAUUAUUAUUAUUAUUAUUAUUGUGUUUUUUUAAAAAUCUGGUUUGUUUUUGUCUGGUAUGAGGGUGUGAUCACCACCAGAGGGUGAUGUACAUGUACGGGUCUGAGCUGUACAUUUUUGUGUAUUUGCAUACAGGUUGCAUUGGCCUAACUUUGUGACUAUUAUAUCAAUUUACGAAUCGAAUGAGUGCCAAAUAUGCUCGAGCAUGACAAAAUCCGGGACCUACGAGGAACUGCAGGUACUCUCUGACUCAUCGGAGGCAGACACGAGUGACUCGCUGCUGUUGUAGACUCUACUUGUGAUACAAAUGCACAGCUGAAGGUUUAACCAUGCUAAAUAUUUUUGCUGAAAGAGAGGGAGGGGGGGGAUUCUCUUUGUUUUUGUCUCAGUUUGGCAAAAGUUUAUUCAGAUAUUUGUUGUAUGUUUCUGUGUUUCCAUCCAUGGCUUAUAAAUGCGGUGAUGGUCUUAUCAUGCUGCCAUUAGAGGUGAAUAUUAAAAGCUGAUUUGCUUCAUUUGUUGGACUGUCAAAAAGAAAACAUUUGGGUCAUUUUCAUUCUUGAAUCAUUCCACACAGAGAUGUAUGUUAUCUGACCUCUUCAUCCCACUCUGUCCCAAAACAAAGUGAGCCUGACAUUUGGUGACUUUUACCCUGAAUUUUAUCAAUUAUAGUGUGAAUUUGUCCAAAAUGUAAAAGUAAAUGUAAUUCUAAUAUUAAAAUGAAGCUAUGAAAAUAUCUUAUUGUGCACUAAACAGUGUCUAAUUUUUUUUCUUUAAGUCAAACCUUUAAUGUUUCAAAGAAUCGAUAAAUGUAUUUGAGUGAAACACAGCAUUUCCCCUCCAGGAUCACGUGCCUCUUCAGUUCAUUACAUGUAAAUUUUUAACAUUACAACAUUUACAAGAUAUUUUUUAAGGUAUUCCUAGAAUAUUUUUAUAAAAUAUACCAGGCUGCUCAACAAUCAGAACAGUACAAGACUUUGAAAAAAAAAAAAAAUCUUUUUUUAAGAGUGAAAGAAACGAGUCAGGUCAACACAGCUGAUGUGAACACCGAACCUUUUUGGGCUGAUCAAACCUGAUCACUUUUGGAGGUGAAAUGCUUUGUUUGCUCAUGUCUAUUUAUUAUUUUCUGAAGAAACAUUGAAGACAGACGUGAAACGGGCCUGUUAAAAUGUGUGUAAGACAACACUCAAACCAUUGUGUGAAUAAUCAUCCUCCAGCCCAGCAGCUGAGAGAAACUGCGCUGUGCGAGGGAUUUCUGUACCCUGAGGAGAGAAAUGAUGUUAACUGUGUCAACACCAUCCAAAGUAGAGUUUUGUUCAGAGUAUGUACAGAUGUCUGUAGCUCAAAAACCUGCCCAGGAUAUAUUACUUUUUAUCCAAGUGGACACAAUCAUGUUUCCCAUUUUUGCUUAAACCAGAAAUUAAACCGUGAUUUUACUCCACAAUAGUUUUUGCAGCUGAAUAUUAACUUCUUUUGAGCAUGUAAUUAGUGUCUGCCAGUGUGUAAACAAUUUUAAUAAUUUGAUGUACAGAGAGCAUGGUCCUUGUUAGCUCUAGAGAUUUACAGCAAACUGUAAAUAUAUGCCUUAAAUAGUAGCUGUCUUGUCUUGUGUUCGUAUGUCUGUCUUGUUUUAUGGUUACUGAAUUACUGUAUCAAAAGAGGAGCCUCACAAAUAAAGCAGAGCUUUUAUUGUU